ACGCGGCUUGCGAUACCAUCUGGUCCAUUCGUGGAGAUUACUGCAGAGUUGCCGGCUUCUGCAAAGGGAAACACGAUCUACAAAAAUGAAGCUUGUCUUAAAUAAGAGCCUGCAUUGCAUCACCUGGGAAGAGGCUGGGGUUGACCCAGUUAGCUUUAUUUGUCGCCGUAUCAAUGAAAGCAUUAGACAUUAGAAUGCCUCGGACACAGCCACAUCACCACCGGCUUUGGAAUCGAUGAAACUGUGUUCACAGUCCAGCUCCACCACUUUGCAGGUCACUUCACUCCCGGGAAACUCCAGGUCCUGAUGAAAAUCGACCCAGGGGACAAUGUAGAACACCUGUACUAGGGCUUCGUAGGAACAAAGACACAGUUGUGAAGAAUUGGGGGCUUAUCAUGAAGGUGUCUGCAGCAGGAAGAUCAGAUGCACCCAGGCAGGUCCUGCCUGCCAGACUUCACAGAAACUGCCACUGCUGGGCCUGAUGGAGACCCAGGUCGUAGGAAGAAUGCAGCCUGGCUCCGACAACACGAUCUCAGCUCUGGCGUCCCACGUGCCUGCACAGUCUCUCACAGUCAGGCCUGUCCUAGGCCCUGAGGUUUCAUGUGUACAUAUGAAAUACCCACAGAGAGAUAGAACAUGUCGUUCAAAGAGAUUUGAAGCAGGAAACAGGAAGGGCUCGAAGAUUGAACUCCCCUUGUGGCUGGCGAAAGGACUUUUUGACAACAAGCGUCGGAUCCUUUCUGUGGAACUUCCUAAGAUCUACCAAGAGGGGUGGAGGACCGUGUUCAGUGCAGAUGCCAAUGUGGUGGACCUCCACAAAAUGGGGCCACACUUCUACGGGUUUGGCUCCCAACUCCUGCAUUUUGACAGUCCUGAGAAUGCAGACAUUUCCCAAUCUCUGCUACAGACUUUUAUUGGACGUUUUCGCCGCAUCAUGGACUCCUCCCAGAAUGCUUACAACGAAGACACUUCAGCGCUGGUAGCCAGGCUAGACGAGAUGGAGAGGGGCUUAUUUCAAGCCGGGCAGAAAGGGCUGAAUGACUUUCAGUGCUGGGAGAAAGGGCAGGCUUCUCAGAUCACAGCAUCUAACCUCGUUCAGAAUUACAAGAAGAGAAAAUUCACAGACAUGGAAGACUAAGAGGCCAGAAGAACAUGGAGUUGUUCCUUGUAGACUUACCCCUCUGUGUGUCCUUGAUAAGAGCUGGUUGACCGUAUACAGGACCAGAAUCAUGUCCUAUUGCAUGGCUUAUUUCCUGUAGCAGUCUCAGGAGUGGGACCAUCUGGUAGGGAGCGGACAUGCUGCAGGAUGUCUCUGGCCCUGUACGUUUUCUAGAACUAUAUCCCUCCCUGCUGACGCUCAGCCCAGGCCUUUUAAGCACGGAACCCACAGCGGAGGAGAAAUCAAAGUCAUUCCUAAAUAAGGAUCAUUGACAUAUACAUCGCAGUAGCAUUGCAACUGAGAUUCCUUGUGUCUGCGAGUUUGGACAGCCUCAGAUGCUGUUUCACUGGCUGCAAAGGACGGGUACAAAUUGGACGGUCUUGGCCUGUUCACAAAACGUUCUCUUGAUCUUACCUGCCUCAUCUUCCUCAUGGUUGGAGGGAGGACAGCACUCUCAUAAUGCUGUCCUGACAUGCUGUCUCCUGCCACCCACCUGCAGGGAGUUACCCCAAUUUCCAAAAACAGUCACCAAGAAUAAAGGAGGCAAAGGGAAAGGCCGAUGAAUGGCAUGGCUGUGACUAAAGAAGAGACGUUGCUUUCAUGCUCUGUACUCAGGGCUUUAUGAACUGGAAUUCACAUAACUCUACAGUCAACCUAGAAGGAAAAUGAUUAAACUGAGCUCGUUUUGUCUGUGAGAUCUUUAGAGCACCCGCACGCUUAUUCUAUUCCCUGCCUAGAGAAGCUGUCAGGGAGUCAUUGGGAUUUGCAAAGUAGUUAUUAAAGGAUGUUAACCAGCCUUUAUUACAUCUGGAAAUCAGGACUCGAGGCUUGCCAGCUGUGCAGAGUCCUGUUUGAAAAACUUAACAUGGCGAAUCUAAGUGGGCAAGAAGCCUCAGUUGUGUUCUUUUCUCUUCAGUUAAUUUUGUAACAUUAUCGUUGGACAUUUACUAGGAACCUGUUUCAGCACAAAACUCCUCCCCUGGAGAUCACGGAGGCAGCCUCAGGCUGAGUAAGACGCGGCACCCCCUGGGCCCAUUGGACUGUUAGCAGAGCACCCCUGCUCCGUCUCCCUCACCCCACAACUAGCAAAAGUUGUCUUUGUCAUUGGGAAUUAGAGGGAUUUGGGUCUCCAGACUGUGCAGAUGUCUUGAUGUAAACUUAGAAUGACAGAAAUGCUUUUAAAAUGCCUGUUUUAAGAUGGGAUUGAUGUUUUUAUAAUUUGAUUUUAGGGCUAAAUAAAUUUAUACGUGAAUA